AUGAUCGAAUACAUUCUGACCAGUGUAGCCAGUCCUUUAACUUUGCAGGAUUCUCAACACAACGAAUUCCAAUUCGACAAACUUUUCAAUAACGCCACCUUCGCCGAACGCCCCAUCGUUCCGAAGAUCGUUCCAAAGAUCAAGAAGCGACUCCAUCCAGGGCACCCUGCCUCUCAACGUGUCGACAUCGCCGCUCAAGGAUCUGAACUUCGGUUUAUUGGCUCGACGGUCGAUUGUGCAGCUGAAGGCCUCGCAGCCAAGAAGGACAAGGGCAACGAUCUGGUUGUCAUUCAUGUUGGUGAUAUGUUGACCCCAGGUGUCAAGAGGAGGAGUGAAGUCGGUUACGGGGGCCAAGCUCUUGUAGAUGGUUCCUUGGUCCGGCACAUGGCCAGGGUCGAUGAGGACUCUGAAGUCUGGUGUUCAUCUUGUGCGGUGGUUGUGUGGUUGUGUGGUUUUGUUGAUGUUGAUGUUGAUGUUGAUGAGGAAGUGUUUGACAACUACUAA